GAGGACUCCAACUCACUUCGGACACACGGAACAGGCAGAGACGAUUGGCUGGAUUUGGGCACGGCAGAGGAGGCCUCAAGAUGCCCUGUUCUUGUCCUUAUUGUUGGCAGUGCGGCCAAGUAUUGGGGAGGUGAUUGA